CGCAGUUGGGAGAAAACAAGCGGCAGACGGCCUGCUGUUGUCGCGUAACGUACCCUUUUUCUCAUUAAGUUUUGACGAACGAGAGAUCGUCAAUAAAAACGAGAGUUUAAUGACCCUAUGCGGCUCGGAAUCAUGAUUGAUCUGGAUGUAGUGCAACGUUAUGGUGACUGAAGUGAGACUGGACGAUGAUGAUACAGAGCUCGAGUGGAGAAUAUAAUAGUGUGAAAAAAACUGACGUUCGAUAAUACGCGCGAUAAGUUCGUUGAACUCUUUUAUCUAUCUAGGGUUGCAAUUUGAAAAUAUUUUUUCAUUCUGUUAAAGCAACUUGCGUGCGCUUAAAAAUCACUGCAGCGGAAGAUGAUGCGGGUCGAGUGAUUAAUGCGGAUUUUGUGUUGCACACGUCAAAUCAGCAGCUCGUCUUUGUGAACGUUGAAUUUUUACAAAUCCAUGAUCGUAAAGGAACUUUCUCCCGUCUCCAAGUUUCAAACACCCCUGCUCUGCCGGGGGAUCUUCCUGCGUGCGUUGUAUUGUUUCCGCUGCAGCUGGAUGCGGCGCCGAGAAGGAUCAUAAAAGAUGCACGUUUGAAAAGGGAGGACACGUUGGCCGUAGAUUUUCGCGCCGUGCUGGGUGCUUAGCAAUUUUCAAUCGCCGAUUGCAUGUGGGUCACGAGUUGCAUCGGCCACAGCUAACGAGAUAGAAGGUUUACCGAGCCAAGAGGAAAAAAAUGUGGAGCUCGGUUACCGCGGCUGGUACUGAAAACGGGCCAGCACCACCUUCGAGAAGCAAGCAUAGUGCCACCUUACUUGCUGGUCACGUAUACCUUCUCGGUGGUCGAAAUGGAAAUCUACCUCUCAAAGAUCUCUGGCGAUACAGUCUUGCGGAGAGCAAGUGGGAGGAAUUGCAUCCGGGAGGUGAAAGACCGCCGGCUUUGCAGGAGCACAGCGCGGUGGCUUAUAAAGAUUGCCUCUACGUUUUCGGAGGUGAACUGGGUUUCUCCGCCGGAACGGAAACGCCGCUUUGGGUUUAUAAUGUCAAGACAAAUAUCUGGAGAAAGGUGAGAGCUCAACGGGGUUGUGCAGUUCCUAGAGGCCGACGAGGUCACACCGCUUUGGUACAUCGCGGACAAAUGCUCAUAUACGGCGGUUAUCAAGAUCUACGUGGAAGCUCUUCCGAAUUAUGGGCUUUUCAUUUCGAGACUGAAUCGUGGCACUUGCUCUCAUCGAGCGAAAAGAGAAACGAUUGCUGGCGAUGGGACGUCAACAGCGCGUCGUGGUCCAUGCUGAAGAAUAAACCGGGCCCCGGGCCUCUUCACGGUCACGCGGCGUGCAGACUGCCGAGCUGCAUGCUGAUCUUUGGCGGUGAGAGCGGCGGUUCGGCAACGAACGAGCUUUGGAGGUUUCAUUUCGGCACAGAGACCUGGGAGAAGUUGUCAGUACCAGGACCAAAGCCGCAACCGAGAGCCGAAAGCGUCGCUCUUGCGGUAUCUGAACUGCUGAUACGCGGAACAAACGUGGACAAUCCGAAGCCGAGACCGAGGAAUCAAAGACCUAGGCUCUCCAGCACUAGGAUAUCGCCGAGUGAAACACCCUCCGCCAGACCGAGCUUCCUCAAGGAAAUUUCGAAAUUGUCGCAAAUAAAUCUAUCGAGGCUCAGUCAUCCGACGAAGUGCAGUUAUACGGUUCUCAGUGGACACGACGACAACGAAGAGAGUCCUCAAGAGCAGGUGGACGUCGAAGUGGUCGAACCAUCCACGGGUAUGGUAAAGUCUCGCAGUGCCAACACGCUGGCUCGCCGAAGGCAAAAAGUGUCGGAGGGAGCGCCAAGAACGGUUGACGUCAGCAACACUAACAAUACCGCCAUUUCUGGUAUGACCAGAGAUCCUAUUUCGGUGCCAAAUUUUCGUGCUUUGACGCUACCAACUCCUGUUCUCACGCCUGUAGAGGCCGCCAGAUUGGUCUUCGUAGACCCGGAUGAGAAUAGCGACGAAGAGCGCAAGGAACCGCCCACGUCGAGGUUGAUCGAAGUUCAAGAAGAAAGGCGAGAUUUCGCAGCAGUGCAUCAAGCUUGUCAACCCACCCGCGGCGAGAGCUACAGUUCACAUCUGUACGAAGCCGCUCUACAAACACCCAAAACACCGACCACGACGAAGAUUCCCACAUCUGCCUCCGUCAGAUUCGCCGAUCUCGAGGAAGGGGAGGAAUCGACGUCGGAUUACGCGAGUAUCGAGGCGAGAAGUCCGGGCGAUCCGCUCGCGGACGACGACUGGGUAUCCGGAAAGAGGUCCAAGUCGCACAGACCGAUCGUCGCCUCGUCGACGAUACGAGAGGGUCAAUUCGGUUUCUGCAAUCCGAAUUAUCUCGGUCUGGAUGAAACGAGUGGCCAUCAUCACCAUCACCAUCAUCAUCAUCAUCAGCAGCAGCAGCAGCAGCAGCAGCAGCAGCAUCAUCAGCAGCAGCAGCAGCAUCAUCAGCAGCAUCAUCAUCAUCAGCAGCAGCAUCAUCAGCAGCAGCAUCAUCAUUCUUCUGCUUUUCCUUCUCAUCAUCCUCAUCAUCAACAUCAUCCUCAUCAUCAACAUCAUCAUCAUCAACAACAACAACCAGAUGGAAAGUAUGCCAAAUUACUCAACAGCCCGCCCGACAGCGUGCUGGAGGAUGAGCCUGGAAGAUCGGCUUCGCAAACGUUCGCGGAACUCUUGGAGCUUCAGGAGAUCAAGAGGACACCCCGAACGCCACCGAAGAGCCUGCCUCUAGGUUCGCCAUCGAGAAGAGCGGUGAGUGCGUCGCGAGCUGAGAGGCAGAGAGCGAAGGUGGCAGCGGUGGGCGAUGCGACCGAUGUUAAAACAACGCCUUCCUACGGGCCGGCGCCCUUGUACGUUUUUUUGGUCGGCGGCAAAGAAAAGGGUCAAGUCACGGUGUUCGCCAGACCGGUCUCUCUCUGGAAACUACAGCUGGCGCCGCAUAUCUUCUAAGGAUGAUUGAUGGUACACUUUAGUUGAGUCAUCCGCGCACCGUUAGUGAUAAAGGAAAGCGUUCGCGCAAUCCAAUUUCCGUUGAUGUGAUGUCUUGCAAAUAUUCUCUCAUAGUCAAAUCAAAGCGUUUGAGAAAAAUCGACUUUUUAUAUAUUUAGUCUUAUUUAUUUGAUUAUUAAAGUUGAACGUCGUUAACUUUAUAUGUGUUCUUCGUUACAGAUCGUAUAUGUUUCCUAAUUAAGUUGCUAUUAAAUUACGUGAGGUUGUGUGUUAACUUUUUUUGCCCGUUAAAGUUUGUUCGUUACUUGCUAUUGCCAUUUGCAUUAUGCGUUGUACGCUCAACCGUAUAAAAAAGUAUGUAAAAAAGCAAGGAAUCGAAACCAGAUAUGACGCGUGACGUAAGCCAGAGUAAAUGCCAUGUAUCAAUGCGCAAUUCGGAAGUAUGUUUCAAGAGAAAUUUUAUUGCCCAGAAAGUAAAUUUAUUAUAAAAGAAUAAUGUAAUCACUGGUUGGGUAAGAAAUGUAGAAGUCUUCAUUUUUUAUUUAAUAAUGUGCCGAUAGAUCAAAUAGAUAGAUAAUAAUGAGUACGUAUUUAUAACUUAGAUAUUAAAUUUAUAGAAAAUUCUUUUAUCACAUUGUUAUUUUUACGUAUUUAUUCUUUUUUAA